AUGCAGUCAGAGCUCUUCGCUGAAGAGCGCGGGCUGCUCGCCCGACAAAGAUCCGUGCCGAAAUCUUGCGCGUUAUCAUCGCUUAAUCCGUACUUAGAUUCGGAGGGACUGAUUCGCGUAAGAGGAAGGCUUCGUCAGUCGCAUCUCCCAGAAGCUAUGAAGAAUCCGAUCAUCCUGAGCUCUCAUCAUCUUCUCUCCCUCAUUAUCCAACAUCAUCACCUGAAAACGUUACAUGCGGGUCCACAACUCACUCUUGCCUCCUUACGCAAUGAGUUUUGGAUUUUGCGAGCAAGCGCUGUCGUACGCGCCGUUCUAUUUAAAUGCAUUGCCUGCACUCGUGAAAAGGCCGAAGUGCCGGUCGAGCUCAUGGGGGACUUACCGGACGUUCGAGUUAAUCGCGCCUCCCGCGCCUUUGUGCACACCGGCGUCGAUUAUGCUGGGCCGUUGCUAGUCAGAAACGCUCUUGGUCGAGGAUAUAAAGCUCAUAAGGCCUACAUAGCAUUAUUUGUCUGUCUCACAACGAGAGCCGUGCAUCUCGAGCUCGUGAGCGAUUACACGUCCGCGACUUUCGUCGCUUUCUACCACAGAUUCGUAUCACGCCGCGGUUUGCCGAAAUCUAUGUAUUCAGAUAAUGGAACCACGUUCCAGGGCGCUGAUCGAGAAAUGACCGAAGCUUAUUCUACCGCGAUCCGCGAUCCUAAUUUUUAA